AUGGUACGCGUCGCCCGUGCCGGCCGUUCAUUGAAUUUGGUCCAGCUCGCGGAUGUGGCUCGGGAACUGGCCAUGCUUGGCUUGUCUGUGGUCAAUACGGCCCAUGUCGGAAAUUCAUGGAGGAACAGGGAUCGUGUGCAGAAGGCGUACGAUCCAGAAAUGUUGAACACGGAGGACAGAACAGUGGAAGCCAGACAGUUGGAAGAAGCCGGGUGUUUCUGCUGUGGAAAUGUGUAA